AUGGCUCAUGACCGAUACGAGGCUAUAUGUAAUCCACUGCAUUAUAUGAGGAUUAUGAACAAAUAUGUCUGCAGUCAGCUAGUGAUUGGUGCAUGGAUUGUGGGGUUUAUAUAUGCAUUGAUAAACACUCUUCCUUUACUAAAUACACAUUUCUGUGGGCCCAACAAAAUCAACCAUUUCAGCUGUGAGCCUCCUCCAGUAUUAGACCUAUCCUGCACUGACACCUUCACCAAUAAACUGUUGCUUCAUACCUCAGCAAUGUUGGUAGGACUUAUCACCUUCUCUUUUAACCUAGUCUCCUACAUUCACAUCAUCUCUACCAUCCUGAGGAUACACUCUGCGGAGGGCAGGCAUAAAGCCUUCUCCACCUGCAGCUCCCACCUGAUUGUUGUUGUUUUAUUCUACAGCACUGGGUUGUUCAGGUAUCUGAGACCUAACUCAGCAUCCUCGGAGGUUUUGGACAGACUGUUUUCCAUCCAGUACAGCAUCUUAACGCCCAUGUUAAACCCCAUCAUCUACAGUGAUUAUUCACCAACUGAUGAAGACCAAUUGAACCAAAGAUUACCUUUAUCAACUGAUAAAGAUGAACAACAAUCUGACCAAAGAUUAUCUUUGCUAACUGAUAAAGACGAACAAUCACAAUCCAUCCAAAGAUUUACUACUUCAGCUGAAGAGUCCACAAAUGAAGAGCUGUUAUCCAAAUCUAAAACUGAAGAACAAUUAUUGGAAUGUGGAGAGACUGACAUAGGAUCGGAUCCAAUUGAUUGUACUCAAGAUCUGAGCAAAACCGAGUCAAUGUCAAUAGUUUUACGAUUUCUGAAAAUGGAUGAAAAUGCAGAAGUGAGAAUUUAUGAAUACUUUCUAGAAUUUAUACCAGUGAACAAAACUACUGGGAAAGCCCUCACAGAUGUAAUUCUACAGAGAUUGGAACACUGUGAAAUACCUUUAGAAAAUAUGCGUGGCCAAGGGUACGAGGACGACAUGCAGGUGUACAUCAAAGAAUAUUGA